AUGGUCGCCUUCCUUUCUUUUCUUGUCCCCUUUCUCCCCCUUGUAGCAAGUUUUGUGCACCCUGGCCUCCUUGUCUCUGAUAGCGAUAUCUCUCGUACCCAGAAAAGGAUCAAGGCCAACCAGGAUCCAUGGACUACAUCUUGGGAUACUCUGACCAGUCUCUCAUUCUCUGACGCCAAAUAUACUCCUUCCCCAGUUAGCGUUGUCUAUCGGGGUACCUGGGAUGGCCAUGAAGCGAACGCACAGCUCCUCUGGCAUGACGUCGCGGCAGCAUUCAAUCUAGGCCUACGCUGGAAAAUAUCCCGAAACACAAGCUUCGCCGAUGCUGCUAGCAAUAUCCUGCAUGCAUGGGCGACCACUCUCACUGCAAUCGACGGUGGUGAUGACAAGUACCUCACAGCUGGCCUGCAAGGGUACGAACUCGCGAACGCAGCUGAACUCCUUCGUGACUAUCAACCCUUCGUGGAUGAUGUCCUCCCAGCUGUCAUAGAAAUGGCCAAUAAUAUCUUCAUCCCGAUGCACUACAGAUGGCUGAACCAUGAAGAGCCCUCGGAGCAUAAUAUUCUUCAUUUCUUCGCGAACUGGGAGUUGUGCAAUGUCGCUUCGGCGAUGGCAAUGGGUGUCCUAACCGACAACCAAACAGUGUGGGAUUUUGCCGUGGAUUACUUCAAACACGGGGAUGGAACAGGCGCAAUCAACAACGCCAUCGUCAGUAUCGUUCAAGAGCCUGGUACUGGGGCUUUACUCGGCCAAGGCCAAGAAUCCGGUCGUGAUCAGGGCCAUUCAGCAUUAGACAUACAACUUCUCGGUGUUAUUGGACAGCAGGCCUGGAACCAGGGAGAGGAUUUGUUUGCUUAUAAUGAUAGCCGGAUACUCCGUGGGACGGAGUACUUCGCGCGAUACAACCUUGGAAACGACGUUCCCUUCGUCGACUACACGAACGGUAUAGUCAGCCACACAGAGAUCAGCAGUGCCUCUCGUGGAGCCAUUAGACCUACCUGGGAGCUUCUGUACAACCAUUAUGUCAUGUUGAAGCGAGCAGACGCACCUUGGACCACUCUUUACCUCAACAAAACCCUUGACUAUUACGGCGGCGCAGAGGGUGGUGCGGGCUCCUGGGGAGAAGGGUCUGGCCACUAUGAUGGGCUGGGUUGGGGAUCAUUGCUUUAUCACAUGGAUGAGUCUGAUGCGGUGGCUGCAUUCUCGUCCAAAUCUGCUUCACUUACGGCAAAUCCCACACCAAGGGUGUCCACUACAUUGAACUGGGCUCUUAGCGCAACGACUACGACUUCUAGCGUAUCCGGCCAGAAUGCGCUUGUUUCGCACUCAACCACCACAAUCUCUGCUACUAUCUCUACUGCGUUGAACACUGAAACAUCUGCAUCAUCGGGUAUUGCAAGUAACAGUGGGGCCUCCCAAUCUUCUUGUGAUCGGCUUGAGCCUGUGUGUUCCCAAUGCAAAAGAGCGGGCAAGCCAUGUGGCGGUUAUCGGGACGUGCCGUCUUUUAUGUUCCGUGACGAGAAUGACAAGGCGGCUCGACGAAGUGCAGAAGCAAAAGCCAAAACCGAGGCCCGUCGAAAAUUGGAGGAUAUUGCAGCUCUAGAAUCCGAUAUAUCGGCCCCCGGUUUGCGAUCCGAUCGUUCGCCGUCAGAUAAACUAGUCUGCAGGGGCAGGGGCCAAUUGAUCCUGACUCCUCUCAGAAUUACUGCCCCGCUAUCCAUCCCAUUGGAGGAUCAGGGGUUAAGGUUCUUUGUCAACCAUUUUGUGACAAGGAUGGCCACCGGAAAAGAUCGCUCUCUACAUGUAGGUACUGUGCAGCCGUCUCCUCAUCUUGGAGCAGUCGCUCUCGAUCAGUCGAGUCGAGAUGCUGUUAUCUCGGUGGGCCUUGCUGCCCUGUCCAAUGUCAAUGAUGACAGAGCACUGCGGAUAUUGUCUCGGGAAAAACAUGCCAUGGUCAUCCAGGCCGUGCGAGAAGUAGUGGAGAACCCCGCUCAGGCCAAUCCCGAUCGAACUUUCCACAUGAUCGUAAUGCUAGGUCUAUACGAGAUGGUCAGCUGUACCCCAAGCCAGCUCGACUCUUGGAUAGUGCAUCUGGAUGGUGCGGCCGCCUUACUUAAACAAUCCAUCUUUCGGCGAUCACUCGCGAACUUGGACCUCCGGGCCCACUUACAAUUCUACUUUGUUUCAAUUGUCAGAUAUUUCUCUAAGAGGGUUGUCUCCCCGGAUCUACUGAACUGGUCUCCUGAUCUCAUACCCUCUGCCCCACCAGAGAUCUUACCGGGUGCCGAGAUCGUUGACAUACUAGUAAGAUUUGCGAUGUUCGAUGCAUAUGUGCAUCAUCAAAAGCCCGAUGCCAGAGUAGUAGUGGAGUCAGCACUAUUGUUUGAAGAUGAACUCCACGACUGGGAAACCCACCUCCCAAUAGACUGGUCAUUUACUGUGAAAGAAUCCAAUACAUGCGAAUACACUUUCCAUAGGCAGUAUCAUAUCUACAAAGAUAUGUGGGUUUCGAGAAUUUUCAACCACUACCGCUGGGCACGACUGCUGGUUAACGAGACCAUCGUAUCCCAUAUUUCAAAAAUGACACGACCCACGGCAAAUGAUGUCAUUCAACGGCAGCAAUCAUUGGACAUUAUUUCUUGCAUGGCAGUUGACAUAUGCGCCGGAUCUGCAAGCCAGGAAGGUCUCUCCGCACAAGGAGUUGCUGAAGACCCAUCACAUAUACCACUGUUGAAUGGUACCUUCAUGCUGCUUUUCCCGUUAGGAGUGGCCGGAGGCGCGGCGGGAACCCCCGAUGAAGUUCAUGAUUGGGUUGUUGAAACACUUGAGCGGAUAGCAUGUACUAUGGGGAUCCGGCGAGCUUUACAAAUGAUACCUCAACUCAAAAAAUCAGUUGCGAAGUGGAAACUAGAUCAGAAGCUGUGGAACAGCAUGCAUGGAUAUAAAUAG